ACCUUAGGGUGCCGAUAUUGGUGCUUCGGAGCGCAGGACGGCGGCGGCAGCGGCUGCAUGUAGGUCACCGCCUGCAGAACCCUCCGCUAUGAUGUCAAGUCAACCUCAUCACCAUGUCGGAACAACUGAACUUAUUGUACAUGGAUACUUUAGCCCCCCCCCCCCCAUUUCCCACGCGAACGCGUUAGGGAAGUCCUCUCGGAAUAACUACCCCCCGCACAACUAUCACCCUGCCAGCAUACCUCGGGGUUCAAACACGGGCAUUUGCAGGGGUCCCCGGCCGGACAGCGCGGGGGCUGCAACAGCAAGAAGGGGUGAUGAGUCGCGGCAGGUACCCGUGAACACUUCAACUUAAAAUAGAGUUCAGGGAUACCGGCUGCUUGUUCAUGUGGGCUUCCUUAAAAAGGUGACAGCGCCAUUGCCGUAACUUAGUACUGCAGGAUGUACUGUAGAUUACAGUGAAAUUAACCUACUGAAGGAUUGACUGCAGCUUACAGUGAAAUUACUCGAGAGCUUUCGUUGGUGUAAAGUUCAAGGUGACGAAGGGUAACAUAUUGGACUCUAAACGUUCCCUUUGCCCUGAGCCAAUGUGCCCUGGUAGCAGGGCCUCAAAACUAAGUCGCGUCUACAGCAGCAGCAUCCGAGCCGAGCUGGACGGUGACGAGGCGGCCUGGCUGCACGAGCAAAGUUUGCUCGCGUUUGCUCGCUCAUAGUGGUUGAGCGAGCAAAGGCAACGGGCCUGAGCUAUGAACGAGCAAUGAUGUCGCGGUCGGCAACAGAGACGGGCGCUUGCUCUCAUUGCUCGCUCGUUGCAGCUCUCUAGUACUAUGGCCGGACCGAAAAACCAUAGGUCAUAUGUGGCAUGUGGCCUCGUCACUCAAGAUCAAGUCCAGCCACUUAAUAAGCUGUUUGGGUUCGGGCGCUGAAGGCGGACCGCCAUCUUCGCACGGCUGCGUGGCGGGUCUGCCUACCCGGCCCGUUGCAGGCGCUAUCCUUAGGGUGAGGUCUGCAGCAUCGCUCGCACCUUGUGUGAAAGACGCCUAACGUUUCCCCGCGUCGCCCCGUCCGUAUCGUAACUUUAUACGCACCUCCAUACGCGGGCAGUUCGACGGCAUAAUGGUGUGUGUACGCUCCGGCGUGCCUCCGGCGUGGCCCCCGCCAACAGCGCGUGUUGCUAUGGCAACGCGACAACCGCUGCAAUCUCGCUGGCUCCACGACGACCCCGGCCCGUACGGGCACGCGGUCCGGGGACAGUCUGGACCUCACCAGGACCACCACCAUGGGGGCAGGGGCGUCCACCCAUGAGUCUAUGAGCAACCCCUCCCCAGCGGAAGGCGGUGCCCCCGGCCCCUCCAAGAAUAAGGUGCUGAUCUCAGAUCCCGCGGAUGGGGAGGGCGAGGGCGAGGGCGAAGAGGUGCCCAGCCCGACCCUGAUCUCGACCCCGCCAACACGACCCGCCCCCGCCAACGCGUUGGGGCUCACGGCUCAGGAGGUGGGCGACGUCCGCCGAGUUCAUGGGCUUCUGGCGAGGGAUGCGAGCGGCCACUGCGUCCGCAUGCACAUCAAAUACUUCCGCCGGCAGCCCGAGCACCUGGAGCGUUUCUGCGGCCGCGAGCCCCAGCGCGAACCCCUGCACUACUCUCCCGCCGAGCUGAGCAGGGACUCCGAGUUCACGGCGCGCGCGCUCCUGCACGGCCUGGCGCAGCUGCAGGUGCUCCGGUGCAGCGUCGCGGGUGACGUGAGCGCCAUGGCGAGCCAGCUGGCGAGCAUUGCGCGCGCUCACCGGGGACUGAAGCUUAGCCGGGCCAGCCUCGCGAGGUACCGGGACGUGAUGAUCGGUUACCUCGAGGAGGCACUUCCCCAGGCUAUGACUCCGUCCACCAAGCAGUCCUGGAGAUCGUUCCUGACGGUUCUCUGCGACGGUCUGAUGGACGCCCUGGAGCAGCUGGACCAAGCGGAGCGGCACUCUCCGCGGAACAAGAUCGCUCUCACGUCGUCCUGGAUCGAGCACGAGCUGCCCAAGGGCUGGCCCCUUGUGGCGCAAUAUGCCGGAGGAAGGGCUCAGCUAUCUCGGAGGAGACCAGGCAACACCAGCUCGACCUGUAACAUGUGCAACCAGGGGGUCUGCACCUGCAAGUGGGACACCAUUCACGAAGGGAAGCCAUGGCAAAACGACAGCGACACGUUUCCCUCUUUGCUCGAAAAUGACGAGUGUGAGUCGGUCGCAGAUCUCUCAGAGAGGAGUCAGAGCGCCAGUGAGACAUUUCCUGUUGGCAUGAGCGCUUCUCAUUUAACGUCAGACUGAUGCAGCAGCAGUUAAAUUUGGCGGAAAUUCCCGUUCGUGCAAAUAACUUUGCCGCACUGACAGCAGAAC